UUCGCUGAGGACUUGGCCGCGUUCGCCACCUUCACCACGCUGACUCCGGUCGCUAGUCUGCGCUACGGCGACCCCCCCACCAGCAGCUCAAUGGUGGCGGGUGCGGCGUUUGACCGGGAUGACGAGUUCUUCGCCGUGGCGGGUGUCAGCAAGCGCAUCAAGAUUUACGAACGCGAGGCGGUCCUCCGCUCCCACAUCGGCGCCCACUACCCGGUCCUGGAGAUCUCCUCGCGCUCCCGGCUGAGCUCCGUAACCUGGAGCGGCUACAUCAAGGGCCACCUGGCCUCUGCGGACUACGAGGGGGUGGUGCAGCUGUGGGACGCCAACACGAACUCGGAGUUGAUGCAGUUCGAGGAGCACCGGAAGAGGGUGUGGAGCAUCGACUUUUCGCAGGCCGACCCCGCGCGCCUGCUCAGCGGCGGUGAUGAUGGCCUAAUCAAGCUAUGGUCGAUUCAGCAGGAGACAUCCACCACCACCAUUGACCUGCGCGCCAACGUCUGCAGUGUGCAGUUCAGCCCCACUAGCCCGCACCUGCUGGCGGCAGGCUGCGCCAACUACCGCAUCUUUCUGUACGACAUUCGCAACACGUCACGCGCGCUGCACAUCCUACCGGGCCACACGCGCGCCGUGUCGUACGUGCGCUUCCUAUCGCCCACACAGCUCGUAUCAGCGUCCACAGAUAACACGUUACGGCUGUGGCAACUAGAUCGCUUGGGAGCGGGCGUACCGGCGGCAUCGGCGGCUCCAGGCCCUGUAGAUGCCGCUGCGGGGAGCUGUGUGCAGGUGUUUCGGGGCCAUGCCAACGAGCGCAACUUCACCGGGCUGUCCGUAUCGGCGGAUGGCUACAUCUCCUGCGGCUCCGAAAACAACCGCGUGUUUUGCUACUACCAGAGUCUGCCAAUGCCGGUGACAUCUUACGACUUCUCCUCGCCAGACGCUGCCAGCGUUGGCAUAGGCUGCGUGGGGUCGGGGCAAUUUGUUUCUAGCGUGUGCUGGAGCCGGCGCAGUAACUUGCUACUGGCGGCCAACUCUGUGGGCCUUAUAAAGCUCUUCACGCUG